GAAACAUGAGAAGUUAUUUCAGUCAACCUGAAACAUAUACAAAUAUUAGCAUUGAAGCACUUAAGACACAACUCGCAGUGAAUCUUCUGCUCCAGAAUCAAGCUCAGCUCUCGAGCAUUUUGGGAAACAUGCAUUCAACUAAUGUGAUGAUGAAUCCAAGUAGCCUUAACCAUGUUUCUUCAAUUUUAAACAUGGUGAAUACUUCGAAGACACCUCAGGUCAUAAAUAGACCAAUUCCUACUUUUGGGAAUGAAAAUAUUUUGAUGAAUCAAGCUGGAAGCUACGUUCCUGGAAUUUUCGAGAACCCAGGAUUCAUCAACUCGAAAGUACUUCCUUUACCUAGCAACUUUGGAAUUACGGCAGUUGAGAAAUCAUCACCAGUAAAAGCAUCUAGUGAGCCUUUAAAGAAAAUUGAUGAGACUAGGAAAAGCUCAUUGUCUAUUGACCAGACAGUUGCUGACCUUGACACUAAAGCAGGAGAGUCUUCUGAGCCUUGUGGAGAAACCAAGCCGACUAGCCUCGUGUUUAACAUUAGAAGGUACAACAAAAAGCAGAAAAAGUUCAUCUUAUUAACACGUCAUAGAAAGCUCAUUACUAAAUGUGAGCAUACUGAUGAAGAGUACUAUGCUAAAGGGAUGUGAAAGAAGUGCUACCAUAACAAAGGAGAGAGGUCUAAAUAUGCAACUACUUGUGGACACACAGAUAAGUUCCAUUACGCUAAAGGACUUUGCAAGGGGUGUUACCUAACAGAGUACCAUAAAGGAAGGAAGCCAAAACCUUCAGCAUAGACCUGAUAGCCAAAUUGUAUUUGGAAGGAUACACACCGCUUGUGUAUUUCGAAAUUAGAGUAUCUGCAGGACAAGGAAUUCGAAAUUACUCGAGUGAGGGUCUUACCUCAUUUUUGCAAUACGAAAUAGCAAGAAUGACAUCAACCCAUAACUCUUGUAUACCUCUCCUUGAACCUAGUUGACGCAAACUAGGGUUUGUCAAUACGCUAGUUGCUCUAAUUUAUUCGUUUCCGAUUAAUAAUCACCUUCCGGAAUAACUCUCUCCUUUACUUUUAUUUUCCU